CAGGCUGUGCCCUCAGCCUCCCAGCUGUUGGGGGACACCCUUCCUGGGUAGCCCUUGCCAUGCCUCUCGCUGGGGCUCCAGCAGCCCAUGCCCUGCAGGACAGAAGCAGGCAGGGAGCAGAUUUGGCCUCCCUAAGGAGGGGGACUCUCUCCUGCCCACCUGGAGCACAGACCCCCUACACCCGGGCCCUUUGCCUCUGCCCUCACCUACAUCUCAUUGUGACAUCGGGGCCAGGGCUGUGCCAGCAGGGAGGCAGAGCAAGGUAGGUGUAAGUGGGCACGCUGUGGCUGGCUCUGGCAGCUGGAGCAGUCAUGAACUGCUCUUUGCCCGGAGUCGAAAUGCUGCCCUGGCAGCCAGGGACUGCCAGGCACAUUCACUGUCAGGUUUGGGAGCAGAGCUCUGCCACCACCCCCUUACACAGUUGGCCUCCUAGAGUGGUGCCCAGAUGUGUCCCUUGAGCAGCCUGCCCUGUUUCAGGGCUGGAGCCAGGCAGGAGGGAGGAAAAUGCCACCCUAAUUACAUGUCUGCUAAUUAUCCUCGGCAGGUGCUGGCUGAGUCACAGCCGCCCGAGUGCCGCAGUACCGUCAGGCUGUGCCACCCUGGGCGGGUCAGGCGUCGGGGAGCGGUGCCGGGUAGGUGCCUCAGUGUCCCCGUGGAGUCACGAGGGGUGGAUGCUGCUCUGCUCCCCACAGCUUGCCCCUCCAAGAGCAGGCAAACCCCAGCCGAUUUCCUCCUCUCGCCUUGAUGCUCUGCUGCAGACCUGAGUGGCAGCCACAGGCAAACUUUUUCUGCCUCUUUCUUAGUAUGACACAACCACACCAAGUUGUGUCCUGCCCUGCUCCCAUCUCUUAACCCUCAGUCUGUUCUUUCUUUCCUGGAUCCCUAACUCUCCAGAUCCCCAGUGACACCCUCAGUCAUCUUCCACUGUUCUCACACUCCCCACUCCCUCCACAGCCUCCUCUCCUAGCAGCCCCUUGCUACGUGCCACCAGCCCACUCAGGUUCAUAGAUUCAUGGAAUGGUUUGGGUUGGAAAGGACCUUAAAGAUCAUCCAGUUCCAAGCCCCUGCCAUGGGCAGGGACACCUCCCACUGGACCAGGCUGCUCAAGGCACCACCUAACCUGGCUUUGAACACCUCCAAGUAGAGGGCAUCCACAGCCUCCCUGGGCAACCUGUUCCAGCAUCUCACGUCCCCUUUAAGCCUCUCUGCAGCUGGAAUGCGAGAGGAGCCUGUCAGUGCCCUGUGAGGUCAGAUAAAGACACUAUAUUUAUCUAGCUGGUAACCUGAGCCCUGAAUUUCUGUGGUAGCGUUUUUUACGCAGCCCCACAGCCCUCUGGCUCAGCCCCCUCCGGCCACUGCGGCUGCUCCCUGCAAGGGGAAGGAGCUGAGCCGUGGGGUGGUCUGUCCCUUGCAGAGGACUCUGGUGCUGCCAGCCCCUCCACGUCGCUCCUUCAGCCCCACGGAGGCAGGAUCUGCUCUCCCCCGUUCUCAUCCCCCGUGGGCAUCGCACCAUGACCGGCUGCUUGCGCCCUGACCUGCUGGCUUUGUGCCCCUGAACCCACCUGCCCCACCGAUCCACACGGAGUUGAUGCCUCCAGGAGAGCCCACGGAGCCCCGGCCUGCAGCAUGUCCCAGCUCUCCUCCACCCUGAAGCGCUACGUCGACUCCUCCCGCUAUGUCGAGACCACCUACAGCAAGGUGCCCGGCGGCUACAGCUCCUACACCUCCUACGGCUCCACCCUGGCCACCUCCUACGCAGACAGCAGCAAAAUCGGCUUCAAAAGCAGCUACCUGCCCCCGCCCCGCUACCACCACACGGGGCUGGCUCCAACGGGUGCCUACGACAGCAGCCAGCUGCCCCUGUACCCCGACUCCAGCAUCCGCCUGAGCCCCACCUACAUCCGCACCCAGCCGCGGGCGUCGGGCGCCAGGCUGAGCGGGGGCGCAGGCUACGCCUUCGCAGCUGCCCCCAGCAGCCCCCCAGGCUACCUGCCCCCGGCAGCGCCUCUCAGCCGUCACAAAUCCAUCAGCCACUCGGACUUGGCACGGGAGUUCUCGGGGCUGCACGCCUCGGACAGCAGCUACACAGCCCCUCCAGCCCCGCUCAGCGCCCGGGGCCGCCAGGAGCUUGGUGCCCUGCAGGGGCUCUACCAGGCUGCCACCCACUCUGACUAUGUCCGCGGCUACCUGGAGGGCUACGGGAGGAAAAGCAGCCAUGGCAGCUGCCCCACAGGCCCUCUCAGCUCCUCACAGACCACCCUCGGAUCUGCCCUGCCACCCUCAGAUGCCCACUGUGCCAGCCAGGCCUGCGAGAGGAAUGACAGCUACGGUGAUGUGCCCACCCGGGACCCCACGAGCUCCAAGGCGGUGCAGGGGCUGACAGGCUUGCGAAACCUCGGCAAUACGUGCUUCAUGAACUCCAUCCUGCAGUGCCUGAGCAACACCAAGGAGCUGCGAGAUUACUGCCUGCAGAACCAGUACCUGCGGGACCUCAACAACAACAGCCGCAUGCGCACCGCCCUCAUCUCAGAGUUUGCAAAGCUGAUUCAGCUGCUCUGGACCUCGUCCCCCAACGACAGCGUCAGCCCCUCCGAGUUCAAGACGCAGAUCCAGCGAUACGCCCCCCGCUUCGUCGGCUACAACCAGCAGGAUGCUCAGGAGUUCCUGCGGUUCCUCCUCGACGGGCUGCACAGCGAGGUGAACCGAGUGCUGGUGCGGCCGCGGGCCAGCACCGACACCUUGGACCACCUCCCUGACGACGAGAAGAGUCGCCAGAUGUGGAGGAGGUACCAGGAGAGGGAGGACAGCCGCAUCAGUGACCUCUUUGUUGGACAGCUGAAGAGUUCACUGACCUGCAGUGAAUGUGGCUACUGCUCCACAGCCUUCGACCCCUUCUGGGACCUGUCCUUGCCCAUCCCCAAGAAGAGCUACGGAGAGGUGACGCUGAUGGACUGCCUGAGGCUCUUCACCAAAGAGGAUGUGCUGGAUGGCGACGAGAAACCGACCUGCUGUCGCUGCAAAGCCAGGACAAGGUGCACGAAGAAAUUCAGCAUCCAGAAGUUCCCCAAGAUCCUGGUGCUUCACCUGAAGCGCUUCUCAGAAGCCAGGAUACGAAGCAGCAAGCUCAGCACCUUUGUCAACUUCCAGCUCAAGGACUUGGACCUCCGGGAGUUUGCCUCACAGAGCUGCAAUCACGCCGUUUAUAACCUCUACGCUGUCUCCAACCACUCGGGCACCACCAUGGGGGGGCACUACACUGCCUACUGCAAGAGCCCAGUCUCCAGCGAGUGGCACAGCUUCAACGACUCCCGCGUGACCCCCAUGUCCUCCAGCCACGUCCGCAGCAGCGACGCCUACCUGCUCUUCUACGAGCUGGCCAGUCCGUCCUCCCGCAUGUAGCCAGCCCUGCCUCCCUGGGGACCACCCGCGCCACCCCUCAGAGCCAGCCCCUCCAGCUUUCAGCCGCUUGCCCCUCAGCUGCGAGAGGGAGGCGAAGAGGCA